AUGACAGUUGGUUUGCCCCUGGGUACGCACAUACAACAUGUACAUAGGUAGGCAUCUCCCUAAGUAGCAACGUACCUACCGAGGGACACUUAUAAAUAGGGAGAUUCCCGUAAGCCUGAGAUCCUAUAGGACUUCCUCCUAAAGAAACAACACGCAAGCUAACUUUUACUUCUUGUCGCACUUGCGAAAUUACAAAAUGGCUGAUAAACAAAUCUCGACAUGGACCUGGUUCCAGGUACCGACUUCGAAGACUCUUGAUAUUUCUAUUUUCAAGCCACUGCUUGCGAAUGAAUCGGACUACUUUGAGACUUAUUAUGGACGAGUUAUCGAGUCUCCAGAGCAACAUGUCUUAGUUAUACCCUGGAGAUCGCGCGCAGCCUACGACGCCUUUACGAAGUCGAGCCAGUACGAAGAAAUGAUGAACAAUCUCACCGCACUUUCUUCCAGCAAACCUCAAACGCAGGCCAUAAACUUUGGCAAGAUUGCUUACUACUGGCACCUAGUGCCAUAUAUGGAGAUUAAGACCGUGUACUUCCCCAGCUCCGUCUCCACACAGACGCGUGAGCAAGUGAGCGGAAUCAAAGGUCUCGUUCUUUCGAUGCCCAGUUUUGGCAGGCAGUUUGCCCAUCUAUCUCCUCAUCGAGGCCUCCCGUGCAGCGGGUGGAUUGAUGAUCCUCGGAUUUGGGAAGGUCAAGACACGCUAGCAUGUAUUUGGUGUCAUUAUUGGAAAGAUAAGGAGACCGAGCAUGAUUUCAAGACAAAAGAGAGAAGACCUCCCAAGAACGGCGAGACAUAUCGGCCACUUGCUUUGGAGAAAUUCGAACAGGAUCUAAAGGACUUAGGAGCGAUUGGGUGGAAGGAGAUUCAUAUUGAUUUUGAGAGGCUACAUUAAUACAGUAGUGUGGUUGAUAUUAGCCAUUAGAAUAGGGAAAUUCUAUGGGGAGUGAUGUAUCUAGUGCCAAUUUGAUAUGUCUAAGCUACCCAAGA